UGCAGGUAAAAAGAGGCAGAUUGAGCCUGCCAACAAAAUUUUCCUGGCUACUAAAUAAAAAAAGGAGCCAGCAGAAAGGCAUAGGAAAACCAAAGGAGGCUCAACUUAAAAAAGAAAAAAAAACAACUCGUUAUCACAACAACAGCAACACCAAUAGCCAACCUUCCAACAAAAUGAGUAAAAAACCUACAGUCGGACCCGCGCUCCACAAAGUGAUAAUGGUGGGCAGCGGCGGUGUUGGCAAAUCAGCAUUAACACUACAAUUCAUGUACGACGAAUUCGUGGAAGAUUACGAACCAACCAAAGCAGAUAGUUAUAGAAAAAAGGUCGUUUUAGAUGGCGAAGAAGUACAAAUAGAUAUAUUGGAUACUGCCGGACAGGAGGAUUACGCUGCCAUCAGAGAUAAUUAUUUUCGCAGUGGUGAGGGUUUCCUCUGUGUCUUCUCAAUCACAGACGACGAAAGCUUCCAAGCAACACAAGAAUUCAGGGAACAAAUAUUACGUGUGAAAAAUGACGAAAGCAUACCGUUCCUGUUGGUGGGUAACAAAUGCGAUUUGAGCGACAAACGUAAAGUGCCGCUAAACGAAUGCCAGGCACGCGCCCAACAAUGGCAGGUGCCCUAUGUGGAGACCUCCGCUAAAACGCGUGAAAACGUAGACAAGGUAAGCACUUCGUAGUGUGAUGUUUGCGAA